AUGGAAGUGCUGAAUGGUCAAGUUACUCUUCUCACUAAUUUCGAAGUCUUACAAGUUUUGAAUACGAUUAAGAAAGAAGAAGACGAGAAGUCUAAGAGUGACAAGAGUAAGCAUUUAUGGACAUUAAUUUACGAGACCACAAAAUAUCUUAAAACUACUCCAGCUGCAGUUCAGAACACUGAGUCUAUCGAAAAACUCAUUGAGGAAGUUAGUCCGUACAAGCUAACAGCUGCGGAAACCCUGCAGUUAAUAAACCUUCGCCCUUCUACGACAGCCGAGGUCCAAUUAAUUGUGGAAGAGAGCGAGGAACGAAUGAAAACAGAAGAGAAACUUGAGUCUCUUGUGAACACGGUGACUCGAUGUCUUCCUGGACCACCAGUAAGCAUUGUGCCUCAGUAA